CGGGCGGAGGGCGGUGGAGGAGCCGGGGGCGAUGCCGCGGCCGGGGAAGAGCUCGUACAGCGACCAAAAACCGCCCUACUCUUACAUCUCGCUGACCGCCAUGGCAAUCCAGCACUCGGCCGAGAAGAUGCUGCCGCUGAGCGACAUCUACAAGUUCAUCAUGGAGCGCUUCCCCUACUACCGCGAGCACACACAGCGCUGGCAGAACAGCCUGCGCCACAACCUCUCCUUCAACGACUGCUUCAUCAAGAUUCCGCGGAGGCCCGACCAGCCUGGCAAGGGUAGCUUCUGGGCGCUGCACCCCGACUGCGGGGACAUGUUCGAGAACGGCAGCUUCCUGCGGCGUCGCAAGCGCUUCAAGGUGCUGCGCGCCGACCAUACUCACUUGCACGCGGGAAGCACCAAGGGCGCGCCGGGCGCCGGUCCGGGAGGGCACCUUCACCCCCAUCACCACCACCACCCCCACCACCACCAUCAUCACCACGCUGCCGCACACCACCACCAUCACCACCACCCACCCCAGCCGCCGCCGCCGCCGCCCCCGCCGCCGCCGCACAUGGUACACUAUUUCCAUCAGCAACCGCCUACUGCUCCGCAGCCGCCUCCGCACCUCCCGUCACAGCCCCCGCAGCAACCGCCCCAGCAGUCGCAGCCUCAGCAGCCGUCUCACCCCGGCAAGAUGCAGGAGGCGGCGGCCGUGGCGGCGGCGGCGGCGGCUGCCGCGGCAGCCGCGGUGGGCAGCGUGGGACGCCUGUCUCAGUUCCCACCCUACGGGCUGGGCUCGGCCGCCGCCGCCGCCGCCGCGGCCGCGGCGUCCACAUCAGGCUUCAAGCACCCCUUUGCCAUUGAGAACAUUAUUGGCCGGGACUACAAGGGCGUGCUGCAGGCUGGAGGGCUGCCCUUGGCGUCCGUCAUGCACCACCUGGGCUACCCCGUGCCCGGCCAGCUUGGCAACGUCGUCAGCUCCGUGUGGCCGCACGUUGGCGUCAUGGAUUCGGUGGCCGCCGCCGCGGCCGCCGCAGCCGCAGCCGGAGUCCCUGUAGGCCCGGAGUAUGGGGCCUUCGGGGUCCCGGUCAAGUCCCUGUGCCACUCGGCAAGCCAGAGCCUGCCUGCCAUGCCGGUGCCCAUCAAGCCCACGCCUGCGCUGCCGCCCGUGUCCGCGCUGCAGCCGGGGCUCACUGUCCCCGCGGCUUCGCAGCAGCCUCCGGCGCCAUCCACCGUGUGCUCCGCGGCCGCGGCCUCGCCCGUUGCCUCUCUGCUGGAGCCCACAGCCCCUACCGCGGCCGAAAGCAAGGGCGGCUCCUUGCACUCGGUGCUAGUGCACUCCUAGGGGACCCGGCGGGCGUGGGGAGACCAGCACGGUGAGAGACGCCGGGCCCGGAACCGCCCAAACCACCCGACGGGGAGAGGGCGCCCUGGUCAGGCCGGGCAGAGCUGGCGAGUCUCAGCCUUUGCUGGAACGGAAGGUAUUUAAAUAGACGAACAACCCCGAAAAGUGGAUUCUCCAGUGGUCUGAAUAAAUAUAACCUUCCUGGUGUCUGUGUUUAUACUAUGUUGUACAAUCAGAUUAAUGAAAGCCAAUUUUCAGGUAAGAGUUUCUAUUGUAAUUAAUAUAAAUCGAUAAGUUAUGGGGGGAGGGAACGAAGGAGGUUAGGAAAGCCUCAUUCUCUGGUAAAUUGGAAGUCGAUUCUGACCCUAAUUCCUGGGAGCAGAAGCUGGCAGAGCUAAACCUCCCGCGAAGAAUCCAACAGAGAGUGACGCUGAAACGGAUCUCAGCCACCACGUUUCUCUCUGCUGGUCGCAUCCUCGGCGGUCGCCUCUCGUGAACAUUCAAGACAAAACUGCCGUCCACUAAGGAAAUUUCGUUUUAUUUAAGAAGGAAAAGAAGAAGCGUUUGAUACCGUUAUUUUCCUAGUCAGCUAAAUGGGCAAGGAAACGGUGUCAUGAAUAAAGUCGCUUUGGAGGGGGAAGGGGAGGAGAGGAGGCAGCGGGAACCCCACGAAAUAUCUUUGGGAAACAGCUAAGGUUCUUGGCUCUGACCUGGGGGUCAAGAAGGAUAGGAGGAACCUCUAGAGCAAUUAGUUUGCACAAAAGAGAAUGGCAGCAGCUUAAAGGGUAAAGCCCCAAAUUCCAAAAGUAGGGAAACACAACCAAAGGGAGACAAUACAGGCGACUUUCCACCUGCAACUUGUUUGGGUAUCAGUCGGAUGAGAGCCCAAGAAUAAUGUGAAUUCCCACGAUCCUUUCUAUUUGGAAUUUUAAGGA